UCGCUAUUGGCGGGGCCGGCGGCUGCGCGCGGGGAGGGCGGGGCGGCGGGCGCGGCCGGGCCAUGUGUGCCGGGCGCCGCCGCAGAGCGGCCGCAGCCGCCGCCGGCAGCGCCGCGCCCGCCCCGGGGAGCGGCGCACAGCCCGGGAGAUGUUCUUCUCUUGCGGCUUCCCCUGUGGCCGCCUCCGCCUCGCUGGCCGGGCGGCAGCUCGCCGCUCCGCGCUGCUCUGCCAGCGGACUGCGGCUUCCUCCGCCCCUCCGGGGCUGCCGCUGCUCGGCGGCGCCCACCGGCGCCUGCUCGCGCUCGGCGGGCUGAGCCCCUCCGCGGCGGCAGCGGCCGGGCGGGGGGCGGCGGGCGCCGCGCCGUGCGGGCCGGGGGCGGCGGGGGGCGGGUUCCGGCCGUCGCGGGUGGUGGUGGUGGUGAAGACGACGCGGUACGAGUUCGAGCAGCAGCGGUACCGCUACGCCGGGCUCUCUGAGGAGGACCUGAAGCAGCUGCUUGCCUUGAAGGGAUCUAACUAUGCUGGUCUGCUGGAACGGCAUCGCAUUCAUACAAAAAACGUGGAGCAUGUGGUGGACAGCUUACGGAAUGAAAGGAUAGAAGUUCGUCUUGUUAAGCGUCGAGAGUAUAAUGAGGAGACAGUUCGGUGGGCAGAUGCUGUUAUAUCAGCAGGAGGUGAUGGUACAAUGUUGUUGGCAGCCAGUAAGGUUUUUGAUAAAUUUAAACCAGUCAUCGGAAUAAAUACUGAUCCUGAAAGAUCAGAAGGUCACCUGUGCUUGCCUGUGAGAUACACAUACUCAUUUCCUGAAGCACUGCAGAAGCUUUAUCGUGGUGAGUUCAGGUGGCAGUGGCGGCAAAGAAUCCGACUAUAUCUUGAAGGAACUGGGAUUAACACAACCCCAGUGGAUUUACAUGAACAGCAGCUAAGCCAAGAGCAACACAGCAGGGCUCACAUAAAUGAAAGAUUCCAGGAUCAAAGAUCUGACAUUUCUGGCCCACAUCUUUUACCAGUGAGAGCACUCAAUGAAGUCUUCAUUGGGGAAUCUCUUUCAUCCAGGGAGAACUUUAAGUCCUGCAAACCCAGUUUUAAAUUCUCGCUUCAUAGGGCCUCCUAUUAUGAAAUAUCAGUUGAUGAUGGUCCUUGGGAGAAACAGAAGAGUUCAGGGCUUAAUGUGUGUACUGGAACAGGAUCAAAAGCAUGGUCCUAUAAUAUUAACAAGGUUGCACAUCAAGCUAUUGAAGAGAUCCUUAAGAUCGCGAAAAAGCACGGAAGUUUGAAUAUGCCAUUGAACACGGAACUGGUACAGAAAGUAACAAAUGAUUACAAUGAGUCUCUGCUCUACAGUCCAGAGGAACCAAAGAUGUUUUUCAGUGUUCGAGAGCCUAUUGUAAACAGAGUCUUCUCAAGUAGCCGUCAGCGUGGCUUCUCUUCAAAAGUCUGUGUCCGUUCCCGUUGUUGGGAUGCUUGUAUGGUUGUAGAUGGAGGAACAUCUUUUGAGUUCAAUGAUGGGGCAAUAGCUUCAAUAUUGAUUGACACAGAAGAUUCACUGUGCACUGUUCUGCUGGAAGAAUGAAGGACCCUGAUGUCUUUUGCUGAAACAUUUAUGGAUCCAUAGAGGGAAAACCAUGGGGAUAUCACAAUGCUGCAUUAUAUUGGAAGUUGGCCUUUUCGGAUGCAAGAGCAUUUGGAGGAAGCUUGAAAUGCUUUUCAUUCCUUUGGGUUGGGGAAUCAUUAGCCUGAUAUUUAAGCUUUUUUUGCAUCUAGUGUAAAUGUCUGAAGUGUUACCUCUAACUUCAGUGAGAAUUGACAUUUUAACUUGUAAGGCAAACAUGAAAGCUUUGUAAACACAGGUAAAUGGGUUCAAGUAUUAAGUCAGUAGUAUUAAAUAUUCAGAUGUACAGUUUUUUAGUAACAGUCUGGGACUGAUAAAACUAAAUACUUCAUACAUACACUUUUGUAGAAAAGUUGACUGUCAAACUAGCAAUUUGAUGCAAGGAUAUAUAGAUUUUGGUAAACCAUUAUGUUGAUGUAAAAGAAAUGAAAAUACAAAUCUUUUGUAUGCUUUUCAAAAAUUGUACAACUUUGUAGUUUCAUACAACUUGUGACAAUUUUUUUUGUUCUUCCAGUAUUUUUUCUACUUUGUAGACUUACAUCAAGAGUAUAAGUCUGGUUUAGUACAUCUUUAAUGAGGUAGCUUUUAGUUUUUCUGUUUGGCUAGAUAGGGACUUGAAAUCCAAAGGUUUUCUUGAGCCCUUUAUGAAGAAUAUACAAAUUACAGAAAUCAUGUUGUAGUGGGGUAUAUUCCUUCACUGAAUGGAUUAACUGGUAAGCAGAUGAUCAGAACACUAGUGUAUGUAAGUGGCUAUCAUUAAGACAUAUAUUUGGCCUUAUUUAGUUGAAUGUUUGGAAUUUUAGGUUUUGAAUUUCUUAUAUUUCCAGAAGAAUGAGAUAUGCUGGGUAUUAGGAGUUAGAGUGCAAGCUAAUACUAUGUCUUCCAGUUUUCCCAGCAUGUUUUUACCUUCUCCAGAAAAUUUAAAUUCCCAAUCCUAUGUUGAAUUCUGUUGAUAUGUAAAUGACAACAAAUCACAUGUCUCUGCUCAUGUUAGGUAAUCAAGUUGAUAA